GCAAUCCCUGCCUUGCUCCUCUCGCUUCGCCGUCGCCGUCGCCGUCGCCGCCUCCCGCCACUCCCCGCCGUCGCCGCUCGCGCCCCCCGUGUUCCAGCCGUCGCCGCCCACCGAGGGACGCAUCCCAGCGCAGUCGCCACCGGCGCGGAGCAACGACCCAACCUCUCCUCCCAGCGAUUUCUUCCGGGGAAAUCGGCGGCCGUGGCGGCGAUGGACAUCUACAACGUGGAGGCCGCCGAGAUCCUCGCCCACGAGACCCUUAAUCUCCCCAUUGGCGAGGCCGCCCCCAUCUACGAGAAGCUGCUAGCCACCUUCCCGACAGCGGCUAAGUACUGGAAGCAGUAUGUGGAAUCAUACAUUGUCACGAACGACGAGGAGACCGCCAAGCAGAUAUUCAGCAGAUGCUUGCUCACCUGCCCUCAUAUUAAUCUCUGGCGUUGUUACAUCAACUUUAUUAAAAAAGUAAACAGCAAAAGGGGCUCUGAGGGUCUGGAAGAGACAAAAAAGGCUUUUGAUUUCAUGCUUAACUAUGUCGGCAAUGAUGUGGCAUCUGGCCCCGUUUGGAUGGAGUACAUUGCAUUCUUGAAGUCAAUGCCGGUUAUGACGCCCCAGGAAGAGUCACACCGCAUGACUACUAUACGUAAAGUAUAUCAGAAGGCAAUUUUAGUUCCAACUAGUCAUGUCGAGCAGCUAUGGAAGGAUUAUGAUAACUUCGAAAAUUCAGUUAGCCGCACCUUGGCAAAAGGCUUGCUAUCUGAGUAUCAACCGAAGUUUAACAGUGCUAAGGCUGUAUAUAGAGAGCGUAAGAAGUAUAUUGAUGAUAUUGAUUGGAACAUGCUGGCCACCCCCUCUACAGGCUCCUACAAGGAAGAGCAACAGUGUUUGGCAUGGAAAAGACUUCUGACAUUCGAGAAGGGGAAUCCUCAAAGAAUUGAUGUUACAGCUGCUAAUAGGCGUAUUACCUUUACUUAUGAGCAAUGCCUAAUGUAUCUAUACCAUCAUCCUGAUGUAUGGUAUGAUUAUGCUACAUGGCAUGCAAAGAAUGGUUCUACGGAUUCUGCAAUCAAAAUAUUUCAGCGUGCUGUAAAAGCACUCCCUGGUUCCGAAGUACUAAAAUAUGCCUUUGCUGAACUGGAAGAGUCUGUAGGGGCGAUCCAGCCUGCUAAGACAAUAUACGAGUCUCUUGUAGCUGAAAAUUCAAGCAUGUCAUCACUUGCACACAUUCAGUUUAUUCGGUUUCUAAGGAGAACAGAAGGCAUUGAAGCAGCUCGCAAGUACUUUUUGGAAGUUCGGAAGUUGCCAAGCUGCACUUAUCAUGUCUAUGUUGCAUAUGCUACAAUGUCGUUUUGCCUCGACAAAGAUGCGAAGGUGGCUCAAAAUGUUUUUGAAGUUGGUUUAAAGCGAUUUAUGCAAGAACCAGGAUAUGUCCUCGAAUAUGCAGACUUCCUGUGUCGCUUAAACGAUGAUAGAAAUGUACGUGCAUUGUUUGAGCGAGCUCUGAGCUUACUUCCUCCUGAGGAAUCCGUAGAGGUAUGGAAACGAUUUGCUCAAUUUGAGCAGAUUUAUGGGGAUUUGUCAAGCAUGUUAAAGGUGGAACAAAGAAGGAAGGAAGCUUUAUCUAGGACAUCAGAAGAUGUCGUAUCGUCCUUAGAGAACACACUUUAUGACGUUGUUUCUAGAUAUAAUUAUAUGGAUCUCUGGCCAUGCUCAUCAAAAGAAUUGGAUUACCUGUCAAGACAGGAGUGGCUUGCAAAGAACAUGUCUAAGAAGGCUGACAGGUCAGUUAUGUUAACUAGUGGUGGCGGUUCUACCUUAGAUAAAGGCACUAUUGGAGUUGGUGCCAAUGCGAAGUUAUUGCCGCAGUCUACAAAAGUCAUCCGUCCUGAGACUUCUCGAAUGGUUAUUUAUGAUCCUAGACAGAUGAAAGGACCAGUGAUUUCAGCCACAUCCAGUGGGUACACAAAGGAGGUUGAUGAAAUAUUCAAAAUGCUUUCUCCACCACUCAUGUCUUUCAUCACAAAUUUGCCUGCUAUUGAAGGUCCAUCACCAGAUAUAGACAUUGUGCUUAGCGUUCUACUGCAAAGCACACUGCCAACAGGACAUGAUGUUGGCAAACCGUCUGCUCCAGUUCCUGGCCGUGCCACAACUGAUAUCUCAGGUCCCCGCAACCAAAAUGGAUCAGUUCGUAGACCUCCAAAAAGGAAGGCUGUUGAAAGGCAAGAGGAAGAAGACGCAGCAGCAGCUGCGCAGAGUCGAGCCAUGCCAGAUAUAUUCAGGCUCAGGCAGAUCCAGAGGAGCCGCGGUGGGGGCCCUGCUCAGUCUGGAUCGGCGGCGAUGUCCAGUGGAAGCAUGUUUUCCGGGGAACAGUCAGCCAACAGCUCAAGCUAGUUCACCAAUCUGUAGCUAGUUCUUUGGAUUCACGUAGUUCGUUCGGUAGCUAUGUAGUUUGGCCGCUCAUGGGGAAAGUUAUGCAUGUACAAAUGUAACAGCAGACUGAUAAACCUGUAGGCAUGGCAAGUGCAUUGCGCGAGAAUACGAACCGAAAGUCCAAAAAACGACAGGAGCGUGCAGAAUCAGUGUCAUCUGGAUGAGUAAAGGCCAGAUCAUGGAGAAUAGCAUGAUGUGACUAAUAUGCAUUUGAAGAAGAUAACAUGUGUAUGUAUUAUGAUUACUGGAAAGCACGAAUCUGAAUACUGCGAAAUACUAAUAGUUGUGUCAAUUCAUCAA